AAUCGGAGCGGACUUGGAGCUGCUCGGUCGCGCGUCUUUUUUUUUGGCGUGUAUGGGUCGGACUUGCACAAACUUUUCUCCCCCCUCCUUGAAUCAGCGAACACUUUUAAAUGCCGUCGCUUAAUUUGACAGCUGUGCACACAAUGGCGGAGGUCGGGAGUUUUCUCGGGACGUUUGACUUGGAUUUACAGAGUUUUCCUGCACUGGGGAACGUGCCCGUACCGGAGUCUCCCGUGGGCUUGAACGAGCAGCUGGGCCAGAUCGAGGGGCGGCUGCAGCGGGGGUCGCCGACGGACUUCGGGCACCUGAAGGGGAUCCUGAGGCGGCGGCAGUUGUACUGCAGGACCGGCUUCCAGCUGGAGAUUUUCCCCAAUGGAACUGUACACGGGACACGACAGGACCACAGCAGAUUUGGGAUCCUGGAGUUCAUCAGCCUGGCGGUGGGGCUGGUCAGCAUCAGGGGGGUGGACGCUGGACUCUACCUCGGCAUGAAUGAGAAAGGAGAACUCUAUGGGUCGCGGAAGCUGACGGCUGAAUGUGUGUUCAGGGAGCAGUUUGAGGAGAACUGGUACAACACCUACGCUUCCACCCUGUACAAGCACACGGACACGGGACGCUUCUACUACGUGGCCUUGAACAAAGACGGCUCGCCGAGGGAAGGCGGCAGGACUAAGAAACACCAGAAGCUCACUCACUUUCUACCCCGGCACGUGGAGAUAGAGAAGAUCCAUCAGUCCUACAGGGAGAACUUCCAGCACAGGUGACCCGGUGCUUAUACUGGAAUUGAGCGGGAAGGAGAGUCGCGGAUAUUUGGCUGAAGACUGUUUACCCUCAACUCCGCCGGAGGUCUGGAUCACCAGCACUGAUAUAAACAUGUUUGUGUAAGUCCACGCCGCCUCAGAGAGGAGAUUCUUCUGUGAAACCACUGUGGAUGCAGACCAAAGGAGAGUCCAGUCAGCUGCCAUGUUUCCUUUGUGAGGCGUCGGAGAGAGCGUUGGUUUUUGAGCCAUCACUUUUAGUUGCACCCAAAGAUGGAAAGCACUGCAGACUGUGUGUACGUGGAGAACCACACAGUUCAUAACCGAAGAGAAGGCACAUAAACAGAUGAGAGGACGGAGCGCCGCUGCAUCCGCGUUUGUCGGCAGUUUGAGACUGUCAGACCGAAUGUUUCGGCGCGUACAAAUGUCAUUGUUCGACAAAAGUGGCGGACGAAAUCUCUCCAGCGAAUGUGGGGGAUGUAAAAGCACUUAGCGAAAAAUGUUGACUCACAUGUUCAUCACGACAGAACCAAGUGAUGAAGAGCGGAACUCUGUACAGACAAAGAGACUUGUGAGACUCGUGAUGUUCCGCGCGUCGGAAACAUUAUUAAAAAUGCAAGCAGCUGAGGGGUACAUAUGGGUGAUCCUAUUUAUGAGAUGUACAAUAUAUUUAUUUUCUACAUAUAAAGUAUAAAUAUAAAGCUAUAUAUUUAUUUAUUGCAAAGACUUUAUUUUGUAAUGAACUUGAAGUUAUCUGGACCCUAGAUUCUACUGAAAUCACACCAAGAAACACAGAGAAAAAAAAUGAAGAGCUGCAAU